UGUUUUUACUACACGCGUCGCUGUUAUUACUAUUAUUGCUAUUGCUAGUCGAUAUUUUUCGUUUUCCCCUUCUAUGAGCGCCGUGAAAGAAACGAGUGGCUUGCAAAUGGUGCUAUUAUAUUGUGAACUUCCACUCGAAACAGUUUUGCUGGCCGUCGUCUCGCGGAGAUUUGCGGUGGAACCCAAAGGCAGCUUUCGCGCGUAUGAAUUCGCCCGCUUCUGGCCAGUGUACGCGGAGUCGUGUCUUGAGAUGGUAGCACAUUUUCGGUGCUGCACACCCUGCACUUCGAGCGCCAUCAGAGGAAAGUGAGAGAGAGAGAGGGAGAGAAAGAAGUCAAGCUGCAUCGUGUGAAAUUAGGCUUUGACGGGAGAAAUUUGCAGAGGAGAGUUCAUGAACUCAAGGUUUUCUGCAUUGCCUGCACAGUGAACACUCUCAUCUUCAUUUGACGUGGGGGAAAAGCCUAAGCAAGUGCGAAUGGAUCUGUGGAGUGAGACGAUCGGUGAAUAAAAGUGUGCCACAGUACAGGAAAAUAUAAGCGAAUAUUCAGCAAUAGCCUCUCCACAAGACAAGUUAUUACAUCAAAAGAAAGCAAAAGUGCAAAGUCUCUCGGAAAUCGUGCAUCUCUGCAUGGUAUUAGAGUUAUGGCUAAAAAGUGAAAUGUAUAUUCUUCCUUUUCACAGUACACCAUUUGAAUUUGGUUCAUUCUGUUAAAAGCAAAUUGUGAAAAAAAGUGUACAUCAAUUACAGUUGAACGGACACGGAACAGACUUGUUGUUAAAAUUAUAUUCCUCACUUUAUGACUCUUGAUAUUGUCAAUUGUAUGUGAUUCUUCAAGUGAAAGUGAAAUUGUGAAAAUGACCGCGAGUAGCGGAAAACACUUAACAUCACAAACUCUGAAUGGAAAAUCGCAGUCGUCAUCAUCAGAAGCCACCAACAUGCUUAGAACGGCGAUUUACACUAUUGUGGACGUAAUUGUAUUCCUCCUCGUCUCGCUGGGAUAUUGUAUUCAGGAUUGGUAUUUUAUAAUAUUUGGCAUGCCAAAAAAGAGCCUCAAAGGUGAAUUGGCUCUUGUGACUGGAGGCGGAGGAGGACUUGGAAGACUGUUAGCUUUAAGGCUUGUGCGGCACGGCGCGUCCGUUGUUCUCUGGGACAUUAACCCAGAAGGCCUGGACGAGACGACGAAACUGGUGCAGUCAAUUGGUGGACAAUGCAAGAGUUAUGUUGUGGAUAUAUCCGAAAGAGAGGAAGUGUACAAAGCAGCUGAUCGAAUGCGAAAUGAAAUCGGUGAUGUAACAAUUCUCAUCAACAACGCUGGAGUGGUUUCUGGACGAGUGCUCUUAGACACGCCUGAUCAUUUAAUUGAGCGAUCCUUCAACGUUAAUGUGAUUGCACAUUUCUGGACUGCUAAAGCCUUUCUUCCAAAUAUGCUGCAAAAUAAUCAUGGUCAUAUUGUGACGAUAGCGUCUCUUGCUGGACAAGUGGGAAUUUCUAAGCUCGUCGACUACUGUUCAAGCAAAUUUGCCGCUGUCGGCUUCGACGAGGCCGUGCGAUUGGAAUUGGAAUUCUUGGGUGCUAAAGGUGUUCACACGACCUGCAUUUGUCCCUACUUCAUUCAGGCAACAGGGAUGUUUGACGACGUCUACUCCAGAUGGGUGCCAACCCUGAAGUCCGAAGACGUGGCAGACCGAAUAAUUGUGGCCAUAAGAAGAAAUGAGAAGCUCGCGAUCGUGCCUGCCUACCUCAAGUUCAUGCUGGCGCUCAAAUGGAUUUUCCCAUGGGGAUGUACAGCAGGUUUCCUGAAGCGACUCGUGCCGGAUGCUUCGCCACAGCACAGCCUCUACGCAACCGAAUCCUCGCCGGUGGUUAACAAUAAUUCAUCCGAGAAGAUCACUUCUCAAACUAAUGGUGCAAGCAGCCAAUUGAGCAACAACAAUGAGAUGAAACCAAUCCAAACACCACCACUGUUAGUGCACAGGGUUUCAGUGGGAGAAAGAGUGCAUUAAGUUCGCAUCUUGUUUUAUCAGUGAAGUAUGAAAGAUUCACUUGCAUUGACCAUUGAAUUAUGUUCUACAAAAAUCCAAAAAUAGCCACAAGCAAAUUGAGGAUGAAUUUAUAUUUUAUUCUUCAGGAAAUGUUCCCAAUUUAACUUGUGUGUUACACACUUUAAAUUCGGACAAGGUUUUAUUGUAAUCAUAAUUAUGCUAUUUUGUAUUAGAGAAAGUCUACAAUAUCUACUCAUCAGUUCUAUAUAUAAAUGGAAUUCAAUAAGGCAAUGUAAAUGGGACUUGAAUAUUUAAAAACAAUAUGUAAAUACAUUAGAUUGUAGAAAAGUUACUUCGUGAUUCUAGAAAAUAACAUGAAAUAAAGGAUUAUAAUUUGAGAAAAUGUGGUAUGGCCAAAUAGCUUAAGGGUUUUCACAACUAGGACACUUGUAAUAUACAUAACUAGUGCAGAGACUUUUAUACAAUGUACAUAUUUUCCUUGAAAUAAACUACUGAUGUG